CUGUGCUGUUUCUCGUCACAAUACAUCUGGGUCUGCUGUCACUGCUGCCUCUGGAUGAGCUAGACCCAGUUGCCAGGACUAAUUUGGUCUGUGUGUUCAAUGGGCUCUGGGUACCUCUUGAGACGCCUUCUUUUUUUUUUUUCUGAAUAAUGUAAUUGUUCUAAUCUGCUAAAAAAGAAGGCCAUCUGAAAAAGCCAAGAGCAGAGAAUGCCACUCUUCUUUUUUCUUCCCCUGUCUCGUCUAGAGUAGUUGACUUCCGUAACAUUUCUUUCCAACAGCCGCUUUCAGCUUCCUGCGUCUGCCGUGUUUCCACCUGUGGAUGGGGCAGAAGUUAGGCUGUGGCAUCUGGAGGAGGCCAGCUUUAACACAGGAUUUAUCCUGAAGAAAAUACUUGCAGAGGAAAAAGAAACGAUAUUUGACUCACCGAGGAAUUAAAACUGACAGCACCACAGAGCUGUGUGGGAGAAAAGAGGAUUUUAGACUCAAGUGACUCAAUCAAGUCUUGAGAAGUAAAGAGAUUUGGAUGAUUUCUCACCAAAUGGAGGUUAUCUAGAAAGCCUCUGAGGCUGCUGUACCUCUGUGUCUCACUCCCGCUGCACAGAGACAGUGCUUUUGGCCCCGGACACGAAUAAAAUGCUGGAUUCAGUCAAGUGUGUCCUGGUGGGAGACUCUGCAGUGGGAAAAACAUCUCUCUUGGUACGUUUCACUUCCGAGACUUUUCCAGAUGACUACAGACCCACUGUGUAUGAAAACACCGGAGUGGACGUCUUCAUGGAUGGUGUACAGAUCAGCCUAGGUCUUUGGGACACGUCUGGCAGUGAUGCUUUCAAAGGCAUUCGCCCCCUGUCAUACCAACAGGCAGAUGUGGUAUUAAUGUGCUACUCAGUGGCCAACCACAAUUCCUUUCUGAAUCUGAGGAACAAAUGGAUCGGCGAGAUCCGCAGCCAUUUGCCCCGCAUCCCUGUUUUGGUAGUGGCAACUCAGACUGACCAGCGUGACACAGGGCCCUACCGCUCCUCCUGCAUCAGCCCGAUGGAUGGGAAGCGGCUGGCCCAGGACGUGCGAGCCAAAGGCUACCUGGAGUGCUCUGCCCUCAGCAACCGGGGGGUGCAGCAGGUGUUUGAGUACGCCGUGCGGACCGCCGUCAACCAAGACAAAAAGCAGAACAGGCGGAAGCUCUUCUCCGUUAAUGAAUGCAAGAUCUUCUGAGGACCGUCUGCAGUGGGUUUGCCUGCAUCUGGUGCUUCUGCCUUCGCACACAGAUACUGCAGCAGAGAAAUGGGAGGUGAACCAAAGGAGGUCUUGGGGCAGGACCAGAGUGCAGGUGCCUCUGGUGAGACAGAUGUGCGCCCUAUCUGAUCUGCUCCCCUCCAACAUACAAUGUGGGCACUACCGUGGAAAACGAAAGGUGCGGGUACAUGCCCUUGUUUGCGAGCCUGUGUUUGGACUUCACCAGCCUGGACUGGAGCAGGCCUAGCCUGGAGAUCUGCAGAUAAUAGCUGUGCUGAUUUGUUGUUGUUUCUGUUGAUGUUCCUCAGUUGCUGAUUUGUCUGCAUUUAUUUAAUGACAUACUUCUGCCUGGACCAACCCUCACCUCUUGACAUGUCUGUCCAUGUGGAUUUUUUUUCACCUUAAGAGCUUAGUAUAUAAAAUCUGACCACUGUCAGUCUAUUUAAAAGACUCUUGUAUAUGUUGUUGCAAAAUUCUGAAAGUUUGUAUUUUGGAGGUUCUUCCUUUAGCUAAACACAGAAGCAAAUUGUCCUAUCCAUAUAACGAAUGGCCUGCAGGCAAGCCUAUCACUUCUUAGACCUGCCUGAGUCACUGCAUAACAGUAAUCAAAUCCAGUACAUUCAGCAUAGAACUUCUCAAAGUUUAGUGACAUUUGACAGCUGUCCUGUGGCUUCGUGAGAUUUAUUUUGUUAUCUUAGCCUUCUUCCUCACCAAUGUGGUCAAGGAUGGGAUGCAUUAGGUGAAAACUAAUGUGAUUCUUCCUAGACCUCACCUGAUUUCAAUCCCAGAAAGGCUGGCUUGCAAUCAGGGCUUCUUUAGACAUAUGAUUGGAGUAGCAGAGGAUGAAUCUGUGCUGUCAUCACCUCUGUUGUCCCUUUUGUAAUUCUGAAGGCGAAAGAUUUCAGUCUCCAUGGAUGAAAGGGAUUUCUACAUGAGCACUAAAAUCCUCACAUGUUUUUUAGUACAAUUAUUUUCAAAACAGUGAUUUUAGUGAGUCUAGGUGCUUACUAAAAUUAAAAAAAAAAAGUACAUGGCAAUGUUGAAUGUGAGUAUUUAGAAUGGCUAAAAACCUUUUCUUUAGAGUUUGCAUACCAAGUAUAACUGCCUGGGCUGUAUUGAAAUAAGACUGAAAUGGGCUUUGCACCCUGGUGAGCCUUGGAAGCCUAAGAGUCCAAUCCUGACAUACCUACUCGGGACAAGUUACCUUCCUGCACAGAAAGCCAGGUGAAAGAGGUGGAAACUCUGGGUGUAAGAGAACUCUGCUAGAAGGCAGAAUGGGGUCAACAUUGUGUACAACAGUGUACAUUCCUGGUGUGUUGUGGUGUGCCCCUCCUCCUCCUCCUCAGGUUAUGUGUCUCCUCUGCCCUAUACCGUGUCUCAGGUCUUGCAGAUCUGUCUUAUCCCAAGGUUUCUGCUGCCAGUAGAGGAAAUCCUCUGGGGGGUUUCUUAGUGCAGCAAUAUUUUUUUCUCUCCCUUUCUCUCUCCUUCAUCUAGCUCAGAACCAAACUUUAAGGGGCUUAUACCAUGAUGGCAUGAUGGCACGUAGCACAGUAGGAUAUUUCUCUCUCCACAUGGAUCCCAAGAGGAAAACCUCUGUCUCUUUUGUGUGGUCCCUGACUUGUGUUUCAACAGGAAUGGAUGCUUGUCUGAUUCUAACCAAGGCAAGACUCCAGGAGUUACCCUACUAAGCAGAUAAGCUAAAGCUCAGAUCUUACCUAUCUGUAGUUCGUCACUGAAAAACCUCUUGGGUGCUCUGUUCUACCUUUGAGCUUCCCUGUAAAGAGAAA